UUCCUGUAUCCCCCCAUACAGGCCCACACAGUGCACCCCGUAGUGGAGCCCACAGACUUCUACAGGCUCCACCGCAGGUUUGCACACAUAGAACUGGACCUGGCUUACAGCGAGAUAGAAAACAUCAAGGCCCAGAUAAAGAACCUGAGCCACAAGACCCCCGAGGGCGAGGCCGGCCUGACGUGGCCCAUCGGCAUCAACCCCCCGUUCAAGCCUCAGUCUCGCUUUGAUGUGCUGAGCUGGGACUACUUCACAGAGACACACCUGUACACCUGUCCCGAUGGAGCACCCAAGUGCGAGCUACAGUUUAACCCACAGGGGGUUGACAGGCAGGAUGUUGAUGACAUCAUCACCACGUCCGUGCAGCGUCUCAACGACAAGUACCAGAAGCAGGGGCUGACCUUCGAGCACGUGCGCCUGCUCAACGGGUAUCGCAGGUUUGACCCAACGCGGGGGAUGGAGUACGAACUUGACCUUCUUGUCGGAGAGACCGGACCUGACAACAUCCGUGACGUGGUGACGAAACGCGUGAAACUGCUGCGGCCGCUGAGCCAAGUGGAGAUUAUUCCGAUGCCGUACGUCACCGAGACAACGCGGCUAUACGUCAUCCUACCUGUCACAGUACACGACAGGGAACAGGUGGCAAAGUUCCUGGACUCGUACGCUCAGGUCGUUCUGGACAUCCACGAAAACUCCGCGCUGACCGUCGUCUUCAUCUAUGACCCUCUGGAUGCUCAGAACAUCCAGGAAGAGGAUGUGUUUGGGAUGCUGAAGUCCAUGAUCACCUACUAUGAGAGGAAGUACCCCAACGCAAAGAUCCCCUGGAUCAGCAUAAAGACAGACGUGCCGACUCAGCUGAAAAUCAUGGACAUCAUCUCCAAGAAGCACCCGGUGGACGCCCUAUUCCUAUUGGUCACCGUAACGGACGAGCUCACAAUCGAGUUCCUGAACCGGUGUCGGAUGAACACCAUCGCGGGGUGGCAGGCGUUCUUCCCGAUCCACUUCGCGCAGUAUAGUCCCGAGCUCAUAUACGACACCAAGCCGUACCCCGCGACCGUGGAAUUCGGGAAGGAGUUCGGCCACUUCGACGUCCACGCGUUCGACGAGGCCUGCUUCUACAACUCUGACUACAUGAGCACCAGGACGGAACUCCAGAAGCAACGGAAGGAAAACGAAGACGUCUCGGAGACGUAUAACCUCUACGAGAUGUUCCUUAAACACUCGAAUCUCCACGUUUUCCGUGCGGUUGAGCCGGAUUUGCGACAGCGGUACAUGCCGCGUACGUGUAACCCUCACCUAAGCGAGGACCUCUACCACAGUUGCCUGGUAAGCCAGGCGGAAGGACUCGCGUCGAAGGAACAACUCGCGAAACUCAUCUUCGAACACGACAAUGAGAUAAAGAGUCAAGCAGAAAACGUGGUGAAAAGUUAGGACUUUUUUCCACAUAGACUAAGUAGAUUUAAGAAAACUUAAACUCUGUUCUAUUCCAUUCAAUCCUAUCGAAUUCUAUUCAACUCACAAAUUUCAACAUUGAACAUGACAAUGAGAUAAAGAGUCAAGCAGAAAACGUGGCGAAAAGUUAGGACAUUUUCCUAUAUAGUAUAUUGACAAGUUAAACUCUCUUCUAUUCCAAUUAAACCCCAUCGAAUUCUAUUCAACUCACAAAAUUGCUUCAACUUUGAACUUGACGUUUAGACUCAGUCAGGAAACAUGACAAAAAGUUAGGACUUUUUCUUAGUAGUUUGUCAAGUUAUAAGCUCUGUUCUAUUCCAUUCAACCCCAUUGAAUUUUGUUCACCUCACAAAAUUCAACUUUGAACAUGACAAUAAAAAUAUCGUUUGGAAACAUGGUGAAGAGUUAGGACGAUGUUUUAAGAUAUUUAGGUUGUGAAUUGUUUGGGUUAUUCCAUUUACAAAGUAAGGAAGGGGACUUGCAACAUGAAUGGUGGCAGAAGUAAUUUGUUACUUUAAAAUUGAUAACUAGAGAUAAUUUUGAAGGCAUAUAUGAAAAAUGUUACAAUCAUCUGGGGGUGUUUUCCCACUCUAUCUCUAUGCAAAAUGUUUGGUCAAAACAAACAAGUGAAAUGGCAGAGUUGUUCAUUUAACCAAAAGGCAGAAAAGGAGAAUUAGAAGAAACUUUUGGAAAAAAACAAUAAUAGUAUUUCCCUCCCAUACCUGCAUUAUGGGGUGAAAUAGGAAAAUUUCUUAUAUGGCGAGGUUUAGAAAUCUCUUCUUGAUAGUAUAAAAAUUGGAAAAAUAUGAAAAAGGCCUGUUCAUAAGGCCACACCAAUUUAAUUUCUUGGUUCACGGAUUCGCUCGCUCCUAUUUUUUGGAAAAAAA